CCAAGCCCCGGAAGUUUUUUUUCAGUCUUCUUACUGCAGAGAGUCGUGCUGCAACCUUAGCUAAUGCUGAGCGUAUGUUCGAGUAAAACCGGCAGGGCGACCGAACCGACCUCACAUGGACCCAAACCGGAUUAUCCAGGCUCUGAAGGGUACAAUCGACCCCAGUCUGAGGAUUGCGGCGGAGAAUGAGCUCAAUCAGUCCUAUAAGAUCAUCAACUUUGCUCCCACCCUGCUUCAGAUCAUUGUGUCGGAGCAGGUAGAGUUUCCUGUCCGCCAAGCAGCCGCAAUCUACUUGAAGAACAUGGUGAGUCAAUACUGGCAGGACAGGGAACCAUGUGUGGGGCAGGUGGUUUUUCCCUUCAACAUUCACGAGAAUGACCGGCAGCAAAUCCGGGACAACAUAGUGGAGGGCAUCAUCCGUUGUCCAGAAUCCAUACGAGCCCAGCUGACUAUGUGUCUGAGAGCCAUCAUUAAGCACGACUUUCCAGGCCGCUGGACUGCCAUCGUAGACAAGAUUGACAUGUAUCUCCAGUCUCAGAACAGCGGCAGCUGGUAUGGCAGCCUGCUGGCUCUUUACCAGCUCGUCAAAACAUAUGAGUACAGGAAGGCGGAUGAGAGGGAGCCGCUGCUGGCAGCCAUGCAGAUUUUUCUGCCUAGGAUUCAACAGCUCAUCAGCCAGCUACUAGCCGAUGCCACCAUUUUCUCUGUCCUCAUCCAGAAACAGGUCAUCAAGAUCUUCCACGCUCUUGUCCAGUACUCGCUGCCUCUGCGGCUGAUCAACAAUGCAGUGAUGACGCAGUGGAUGGAAAUCCUGCGAGCCAUUAUGGACCGAGACGUUCCUGUUGAGACUUUGGAAGUUGAUGAAGAUGACCGUCCGGAGCUGGCGUGGUGGAAGUGUAAGAAGUGGGCGUUACGCAUCAUCACCAGACUGUUUGAGCGAUAUGGAAGCCCUGGCAAUGUGACCAAGGAGUACCAAGAGUGUGCAGAUUUUUUCCUCAAGACAUAUGCAGUGGGCAUACAACAGGUCCUGCUGAAAGUGGUCGACCAGCACCGACGGGGUCAGUUUGUUACUCCUCGGGUUUUGCAACAGUGCCUCAACUACUUCAACCAGGGCCUGUCACACUCACUGACUUGGAAACAGAUGAAGCCACAUAUGGUGACUAUAUGCCAAGAGGUUAUCUUCCCUCUAAUGUGCUACAGAGAUGAGGAUGAGAGGCUGUGGCAGGAGGACCCAUAUGAGUACAUCCGGAUGAAGUUCAAUCUCUAUGACGACCAUUCCCUUCCAGCCACCGCUGCACAGAGCCUCCUGUGUAAAGCUGCUCGCAAGAGGAAAGAGGUUCUUCCUCAGAUGAUGGAGUUCUGCCACAAGAUCCUUGUAGACCCCUCUGCUGACCCCUGCAGUAAGGAUGGAGCGCUGCACUGCAUUGGAGCUCUUGCUGAGCUCUUACUGAAGAAGAGAAUAUACAGGGAGCAAAUGGAGUUGAUGCUGCAAAACUAUGUUUUUCCACUACUCAACUCUCCAAUGGGUUACCUCCGGGCCAGGUCAUGCUGGGUGCUGCACUGCUUCAGCCCUCUGCGUUUCCAUGACGAGCUGGUACUCAGGAACGCAGUGGAGCUGGUCAGACAAGACCUGAUAGAUGACAAAGAGAUGCCUGUUAAGGUGGAAGCAGCCAUUGCUUUGCAGACACUUGUCAGCAAUCAGGAACAAGCCAAGCUGUACAUCAGGCCAUAUAUCCGUCAGGUGAUGCAGGAGCUGCUACAUGUGGUCAGAGAGACGGAGAAUGAUGACCUGACCAACGUCAUUCAGAAGAUGAUUUGUGAAUACAACCAGGAAAUGGCUGCUAUAGCAGUGGACAUGACACAAAACUUGGCGGAGAUCUUCACCAGGGUCCUGCAGAGUGAAGAGUAUGAAGAGAACGAGGACAAGACUGUCAUGGCUCUGAGCAUCCUUAAUACCAUAGACACCAUUCUUACUGUCAUGGAGGACCACAAAGAGAUCACUCAGGAGCUGGAGGGGAUCUGUUUGCAGGUGAUUGGCCUGGUGCUGCAGAAGCCCAUCAUAGGUAUGGCAGAGUUCUACGAGGAGAUCCUGUCUCUGGCUUUCGGCCUCACCUGUCAGACCAUCUCCCCUCAGAUGUGGCAGCUGCUUGGAGUCCUCUAUGAGGUUUUCCAGCAAGAGUGCUUUGACUACUUCACAGAUAUGAUGCCUCUUUUGCACAAUUAUGUUACUGUGGACACAGACAUGCUUCUAUCCAACCCAAGGCAUUUAGAGGUCAUCUACAGCAUGUGCAAAAAGGUGCUAACUGUAGAUGCUGGUGAUGAUGCAGAGUGUCAUGCUGCUAAACUAUUAGAAGUGAUCAUCCUACAAUGCAGAGGCAGAGGCAUCGAUCAGUGCAUCCCUCUGUUUGUGGAGGCAGUGCUGGGGCGUUUGAUGCGGGGGGUGAAGUCUAGCGAGCUAAGGACCAUGUGUCUGCAGGUGGUCAUUGCCGCUCUGUACUACAACCCAGCCCUGCUCAUUCAGACGCUGGACAACAUGCACUUUGUACACACCCCACAGCCCAUUACAGCGCACUUCAUCAACCAGUGGAUUAAUGACACUGAGUUCUUCCUGGGGCUCCAUGACCGUAAGAUGUGCAUCAUCGGUCUGAGCAUGCUGAUGGAGCUUCCCAGCCGGCCGGCAGCCCUGGAAAGAAUAGCUGGUCAGAUCAUCCCCUCUAUCCUGCUACUUUUCCUGGGUCUUAAACACCUGUAUGCGUCCCGUCUCAUCAACAGACCGGACCUGCUAGCCCAUGCAGGGGUUCAUAUUGAAGAUCAGAAUGAAGAGAUUCCCAGCGAUGAAGAUGAGGUGAACGAGAGCCAAAAUGCCAUACAUCAGCAGUCCAGCCUGACUACAGGCCAGGAAGGUGAAGACGAUGACGACAAUGAAGAGGAUGAGUAUUGGGACGAAGAUGCCUUUGAGGGAACGCCCCUUGAGGAGUACAGCACGCCUCUGGACUAUGACAACGGAGAGGACGAGUAUCAGUUCUUUACCUCCGCUCUGCUAAGGAUUCAGAACAGCAACCCUGCCUGGUACCAGUGUUUGACGGCUCCACUCAGUGACGAUCAGAAAAAACAACUCCAGGAGAUCUACAGCAUCUCACAGCAGAGGAGGAGCACUGCUGCCAAGGGCCACUGAGCACCGAGGAGACUGAUGUCCUGCUAUAUCAAACGGCCCGGUAAAAAAAAAGGGGACAGUGAAGACAAGAGAACCUGAUCUGACCCGAACUUGGAUGUUCAGUCUACUAUUUAAGACCAGAUCAGACCAUGUCAGGUGAAAGGGGGAUUCCAUCAAAACCUGAUUGGAUCAGGCUGGACUCGGAGGAGUUAAGGACCUGGUGCACUGCUGUAAUCUUCCUCGUACAACAGGAUUGCUGCUCUAACUGUAUAUGUGUGUGAGGACAUUUAUAAAAGUAAAUGUUUGUGACUAGCAGAAUCCCCGAAGAUUAUUUUGUACGUGUGGUCAUCUGAGUGUCUGAGAACGUCUACAACAUGAAUACACCUCAGAAUGUGUUUUUGUACCAUAAGCUUGUCUUCAUCUCAGUUUCUGGAAACACAUGUGUCGCAACCCCCCCCCCCCCCCACAAGAGAAGCCAGUUCCGGCAGAAGGCUGCAUGAACUUCGCAGACCUCCAGCUGGGAUAAUUUUUAACUGUUUGGUGGCAGAAAGAUGUCAAGUGAGUUUUGUUUUUGUGAUGUUUUCACAACUAAUUCAAGAAAAUCAUAAACAUUCUAGUAACACUGCUGACUUGGUUUUGUUGUGUUUAGUCGUGCAAUGAUCUUUUGUUCAAUAUUAUUAAAAAAAUGUGCUAAAGGUAACGUUCAAAUAGCAAACAAGAACAGCUGUUGAAGCAUUUAUUGGCAGCCCUGGGAAAGACGGAAUAAGUAAGGUAAUCUUGUAUCGUAGCAGAAUAUUUCAAACAAACCCACAUUUUUUUUUUUUGAGAGCUGGUGUUGGUUCAUCUAUCACUAGAGGGCGCUGUUAAACCAUGGUGCCUAGAGAUAAGGUACAUGACCAUAUCAAUAGUUUAACACAAAGAUAAGAGGAUGAUAAGUGUUUUUCAUAUCAAAAUGUAGCAUUUUAGUUUUUCUGUGAUUCUCCUCUGAGGCCUAUACCCAACGAUUUUCAUUGAAACAACCAGUUAAACUCUAAAGGCAGAGCUAAAUAGUUUGCUCAUAAUGUGCUCUCCAACUUAACUGCCAACAAAAGUCACAAUUAGCAUUGGUGGUCACAUGUUCCACAUUUUCCAUAAAUGAACAAACAUUCUGCAGUAAAAUGAGCUCAUAAUGUGUUGCAGAAGAGGAAAUAAAUGAUGUAUUAGAAGAAGUUUGCAAACUUGAAUACAAAUAGUCACCUUCAGACGAAGAUAAACUUAUCUGUUUGGUGUCUGGAGAGCCCUUUCAAUACAGCAGACCCAAGUAGACCUGAAGGUCACAACUAGGACUGCUCCCCUGGAAAGCUACUAUAUAUAUAUCUGUCAGGAAGUGAAUGAAUGGAAUAAGAGGGCUUUGGAUAGGCAUUUGUUUGUUCUGCUGUAUUGUUCUAAAUGCUGUUUGUAAAUUGAUUGUUUUUAAGAAUAUGUUCUCAGUUCGAGGUUGUUGCCUCUAUAUGAGGUUGUUUCAACUAAACUCUGAAAAUCUUUUCAAAUAAAAGGCUGCAUUAAAAAAAACGUA